UUUACGGGGCAAAAUUCUAGGAAAGUUUGACAGUUUUGAUUAUUUUCCGUAGGUGUGGUUGAGUUGGCGCCGUCUGACAAUGCAAACAAUAACAACCGGUCAACGCCUACCUCUUUGAAGUUCAUAGAUUAAUAAAAACGGAGAUAUAAAGAAAGUUCAAUAUGUUUAGGAAGCUUUUUAGCUUGUCAAGGGUUCAUCAUGGAAAGUGUUUGCGUCUGGUGCAGAACAUUUCUUCUAAUGUGACAUCAUCUAGAACUGGUUCUCCUGCAGCUGUUGAAGCCUCGCAGACGCUCACUGUUACUCCUCGUAAUGUGGGCGCACCACCCGUUGACAUGCCAUACAUGGAACCCUAUUUAACAGCAGAGGAUGACCCGCGCAAUCACACAGAAGAACAUCUGGGCUUAUGGUACAACAUAUCAAGGGAAGAAUUCAAGAGAAUUUUUCAUCCCUUCAGCCUAAACAUUGAAUACAAUCAGCUGUGUGAAACCUUCAAUGAGACAAGCUUCAUGAUCCGUCGCCCUGCUCUAUCCGUCAUGAAAUAUUUGAAGCAACUCAAUUUAAGCUCUAUGACGCCACCCCGCUUCAUGUUUUAUGGAGCCCAGGGCACCGGCAAAACUUGCUCUAUUGCUCACGUAGUUCACUUUCUUAGUCGGGAGAAUUUUGUUAUUCUUCAGGUACCUUGGGUUGACCGUUGGCUGAAACAAUUCCUCAAGAAACCUGCUGAAAUUCUGCCAUCUGCCAAAAAUCCUCAGGUGUGGGACCACACAACUGAUGCUUCUGACUGGCUGAAAUUUUUCUCUACUCAGAACAAUGAAAUGUUGAAGAAGUUGCAGCUCAAGUCAUUUGAUCAAUACCAGUUUUCAACCCGUGAAAACUUUCCAGCUGGCUCUGAUAUCACGAAAAUUGUUGAGUUGGGGAUCAGCAGACCCAGACUGGCAGCUCAGGUGGUGGUGGCAAUAACUUUGGAGAUGAAGAAGCAUGCCUCGCAAGGCAACUGUAAGGUUGCUGUUGUGUUGGAUGGCAUCAACUCUGCGUUUACUGAGGAAUCAAUCUACAAGAUUGAUCAUGUUGACUUCUAUACUAAGGAAACAUGGAAAUACAUUCCGGCGCAGUCCUUCACUCUAGUACAGGCCUUCACUAACAUGCUUGAAAAGGAUUGGACCAAUGGUGUCAUCAUCGGAAGCAUAGAUUACUGCUGCCGAAAAGAUAAAGAUAAAAGCACUUACAACCCUCGCUACAUCCUCGGUCAAGAGGGCUGGGAGGCCUUGGACCCCUUUGUGCCUGUGCCUGUACCAGAGUACUCGCCUGAGGAGUUCGAGAGCGCCUUCGCCUACCUCGCCAGCAAGCACUGGAUCCAGAAGCACGAGGCUCUCACACCUGACGGCCGCGCUCUCAUAGCCGCACUGUCCGAACGCAACCCUGACUAUCUCCUCAGAAUCUGUGCUCCUUUGUAACCGCGCAGCGCUUCAGUUCUCAUUUCCCCAACAUUGUUAUGGACAGUUGGUUUUGAACUAGAUCAUAAUAAAUAAUUUGUGACCCAAACUUU